AUGAAGUUCCUGUAUCUCUUUUUGUUUGCAGUUUUUGCAUGGACCUCCGAUGCGAUCGUGCGGAUUCCAUUGAAGAAGUUCCGCUCCAUAAGACGCACCCUCUCUGACUCGGGGCUUAACGUGGAGCAGCUGCUGGCUGGAACAAACUCCCUCCAACACAACCAGGGCUUCCCCUCCAGCAAUGCUCCCACACCAGAGACUCUCAAGAACUACAUGGAUGCUCAAUACUAUGGGGAGAUUGGACUGGGCACUCCUGUCCAGAAGUUCACAGUGGUUUUUGACACCGGGUCCUCCAACCUCUGGGUGCCAUCCAUCCACUGCUCUUUCACAGACAUCGCCUGCUUGCUUCAUCAUAAGUACAACGGAGCCAAGUCCAGCACAUAUGUGAAGAAUGGCACGGAGUUUGCAAUCCAGUAUGGGUCUGGGAGCCUUUCUGGCUAUUUGAGUCAGGACAGCUGCACGAUUGGAGACAUAGUUGUAGAGAAGCAGUUGUUUGGAGAAGCAAUCAAGCAGCCUGGGGUGGCCUUCAUUGCUGCCAAGUUCGAUGGCAUCCUGGGCAUGGCAUACCCAAGAAUCUCCGUGGAUGGAGUACCACCUGUGUUUGAUAUGAUGAUGAGCCAGAAGAAGGUGGAGCAGAAUGUCUUCUCCUUCUACCUCAACAGGAAUCCCGACACUGAACCAGGUGGUGAGCUGCUCCUCGGGGGAACCGACCCAAAGUACUACACUGGAGACUUCAACUACGUGCCCGUCACCCGCCAGGCCUACUGGCAGAUUCACAUGGAUGGAAUGAGCAUUGGCAGCCAGCUGACCUUGUGUAAGGAUGGAUGUGAGGCCAUUGUGGACACGGGUACCUCCCUCAUCACCGGCCCCCCAGCUGAGGUCAAGGCCCUGCAGAAGGCCAUCGGAGCCAUCCCUCUCAUCCAGGGAGAGUACAUGAUCGACUGCAAGAAAGUGCCCACUCUCCCCACCAUCUCGUUCAACGUGGGUGGAAAGACAUACUCGCUCACUGGAGAGCAGUACGUCCUUAAGGAGAGCCAAGGCGGGAAGACCAUCUGCCUGAGCGGAUUCAUGGGCCUGGAGAUCCCUCCUCCUGCUGGGCCCCUGUGGAUUCUGGGAGAUGUAUUCAUUGGCCAGUACUACACUGUGUUUGACCGCGAGAGCAAUAGAGUGGGCUUUGCCAAGUCCACCUAA